AUGCGAAUUUAUUCUACGGAAUUUCUGGUGUUGACCCAUAAAAAUAAUUUCAAAAUAUUUUUAAUUAAAAAUAAGGAACCUAAGCCUUAUCAAACACCUAUUUCGGAAUUAUCCCCAAAAGAUUUGUUGGAAUUGGAAGAAUUAAAAAUUCCUGCAGGCGAAUUUUUAUUAAAAACUUAUUUUCUGGAGAAAUGUGAACGUUUACAUUUUGUUCUCUCUCACGAACGUGAACUUACAAUUAAUAUACUUUACAGCGAGAAGAGAAAGACUAUCAGACGUGAACAAAUAACAAAGCUUUUCAAACUUGAAGAAGUAGACGAUUUAUGUGAAGUAUAUGCUGGGUGUGAAAGGCCGGGUCUGCCCGGAAUUGAUUUUUGGAAUUGGAUUGUUCCAAAAACCGGAUUUUUUCAUUUAAUUUUUGGAAAUGAAAAAGCUUGGAUUUUACCAGUCACUUUAAAAUUUCAAAUAUUUCGUAAACAAGACGAAAAAAGAUAUCAACAAACAAAUAGUCUACAACCAAUUCCUGAAGAAUGUUUGGGGAAUGAAUUUUUAGAAAAUAGAAAUGAAAAUAAUGAAAUAAAUAAUUAAUUAAAGUUUUCCGGAAAUAGUUUUUGA